AUCCACAGUGUUGGUUAGAAAAUGCUAGGAAAAUUUCUGGAGCGCUUUUCAUACUUCGUAGCAUUCUCCGUGUUCGUUGCCGCCGUUGAGGCUGUCAAUUACGAUUUCGUCGUGGAGAAUGAGGAGGUUUUCACGCCUUGCGAGGACUAUCCGGAAAAUUACAUAGACACAUUCUUCGACAUUUCGGACCUAACAUUCGAGAGACAAGGUGAUCUUGUGAAGGUAACCGGAGAUCUGAAGUUGACGCACCAAUUCAAUGGUGACGUGCCCAUUCAGCUCGACGCUCAGGUGUACAAGAAGGCUCGCGGCGAGUGGGUAGACACGAUCUAUAACAUCCGUCGGUCGAAUUUCUGUCCGGCGUUGUACAAUGAAAACGAAUUAUGGUACACGAUCUCCAACGUGGUUCCAGCGGAAGAUCGCGGCUGUCCACCGAAGCAGGGCCUAACCAUAUCGUUUAACUCGCUAUUCGGUUUGUCGUACGACCUGCAGGAUCGCAGCGCCGAUGGCGAAUAUAAGUUGCAGGUGAAAUUAGGACAAGGAAAGGACAUUAUGUGCUUCGAAAUUGAAGCAAGUGUCUACAAAAGUGAUUGAAGAGGUCCAAAGAGUGUCGAAUAAACUAACAAAUGUGUUGAUCACCUGAAAACAAUUUAUUUCACUGUUAAACGAAGCUGGUGUCCGUUUGCAAUAAAAUCGCACAAUGAAAAUUUUAAA